UCCUCAACCAAAAGCUCCAACAGUCCCUUUGUCAUGGACACUGACUACUCGCCCUUUGGUGGCUAUCCUGCCUCCUCCUUUCCUCUACAUAUAGACGAAAAAGAACCCGACGACUACCUUCACAACCCUGACCCAAUUGAAGAUGCAAAGUACGAAAAACACCACUUCUAUUACGAUCUCAAAUCAAUGGACAAGAGAUCAAUCUGUGGCCUAAUCACCUUCAUUUGUCUCUUCAUUGGCGCAAUCCUAUUGUUCAUCAUCUUGCCAAUAUUAACCUUCACUGGUGCUGGCUACAGAGUUAAGCCACAAACUUUAGAACUACUAUCCUCAUACCAAUACUCCUCUCUAUCCGCCAUCAGAUCUUCAUUAAUCGACCCCGACACUCCCACAGAAGCUCUCACUUCAGUCGCAAGAGAUAAUUCAGACUGGGAACUAGUCUUUUCCGACGAAUUCAAUAAAGAAGGUAGAACCUUUUACGAUGGUGACGACCAGUUCUGGACUGCCCCAGACUUCCAUUACGCUGCCACAAGAGAUUUAGAAUGGUACGACCCCGACGCUGCAACAACUGCCAAUGGUACUCUAGUCCUAAGAAUGGAUGCAAUUCAAAACCACGACCUCUUCUAUAGAUCCGGCAUGCUUCAAUCUUGGAACAAAAUGUGCUACACACAGGGCAAAAUUGAAGUUAGUGCAAUGCUCCCAAACUUUGGUAAUGUCACAGGUCUAUGGCCUGGUAUCUGGACAAUGGGCAACAUCGCCCGACCUGGUUAUUUAGCCUCAACUGAAGGUGUCUGGCCUUACUCCUAUGAAGACUGCGAUGCCGGUAUCACCCCCAACCAAUCUUCUCCUGAUGGCAUCAGCUAUCUACCUGGUCAAAAACUAAACUCCUGUACCUGCAAAGGUGAAGAUCAUCCAAAUAGAGGCAUCGGUAGAGGUGCCCCGGAAAUUGAUGUCAUUGAAGGUGCUAUCGACACUAACGUCGGUGUAGGUGUUGCUUCUCAAUCAAUGCAAAUUGCUCCCUACGAUAUCUGGUACGUUCCUGACUAUGAUUAUGUAGAAAUCUACAAUGAUACUGUCGCCUCUAUGAAUACUUACUGUGGUGGUCCCUUCCAACAAGCUCUAUCUGCAACUGCUACCUUAAAUGUAACUUGGUAUGAAUUUGGUGAUUACACUCCUCAUUUCCAAAAAUUCGGCUUUGAAUACCUUAAUGACAAUGAAAACGGUUAUGUUCAAUGGUUUAUAGGCGACGAUCCAACCUUAACUGUUCACGCUCCAAGUUUACAUCCAAAUGGUAACAUUGGUUGGAGAAGAAUAUCAAAGGAACCGAUGUCUGUGAUUUUGAAUCUAGGUGUAUCAAAUAACUGGGCCUACAUUGACUGGCCCUCAAUUCGUUUCCCUGCAAAAAUGAGAAUCGAUUAUGUUAGAAUCUAUCAACCUUCCAAUGCUAAAAGUGUCACUUGUGAUCCUGAUGCUUAUCCAACUUAUAACUAUAUCCAAGAUCACUUAAAGGCCUAUACAAAUCCAAACUAUACCACUUGGAAUGAAGCUGGUUACUCUUUCCCAAAAAAUAGACUCACAGGUGACUGUACUUGA